AUGGGUAUUAAGGGGCUCAUCGGGUUUCUCAAUGAAUUCGCCCCGGGCUCCUUGAGCAACGUCACCUUGGACAGCGUAUCCGGAUACACUGUCGCUAUUGAUGCAUCAACUGCUCUGUAUCAGUUCACCAUAGCGAUUAGGGAGAGCAGCUACUUUUCUUCGCUGACGAACUCCAAGGGCGAAUCCACGUCGCACCUCGCUGGUUUGAUGACCAGGACCAUUCGGCUCCUUGAAUCUGGAAUAAAACCUAUUUUCGUCUUCGACUCCACUCCCCCCGAGGCCAAACUCCAGACGCUCGCGAAACGCAAGGAAUUGCGCCAGGAAGCGGAGGCAUCCCUUGAGCUAGCAAAGGAGAAUGAUGACAAGGAAAACAUCAAAAAGUUCGUAGGUCGUACUGUUCACAUUUCAAAGAGCGAGAACGAGAGCGCCAAAGAGCUGCUCCGGUUGAUGGGUAUACCGGUCAUCGAGGCUAAAGAGGAGGCGGAAGCACAGUGCGCGUACCUUGUGAAGCAAGGCCUGGCUGAUGCCGUGGGCACUGAGGACGCCGAUGCACUUGUAUUCGGUUGCGUCACGCUAUUGAAAAAUCUAACUGCCAGCAACAAGAAGAUUUUGAAAGUCGAGUUGGCCAAAGUGCUCGAGCUGCUCAACCUGACUCACGCUGAGUUCAUCGACUUUUGUAUUCUUUGUGGAUGUGACUAUUGCGGCACGAUUAAAGGAGUUGGUCCUAAGACGGCCUACAAUUUGAUUCGUAAGUUCAAGAGCAUCGAACGCAUUUUGGAAGUAAAAUCUGAAUCACUAGAAGGCUACGAGGUAGCGCAAGAGUACUUCCGCAACCCGCAGGUCAAUCACAUUGCUGAGAUUCCUCGUUCUGAGCCUGAUCUCACGGCUUUGAAGGAGUUUUUGGUCGACAAGAACGAUUUCGCGGAAGAACGUGUCAACAAGUUCCUGGAACGUCUUCUUAAGGCAAAGACCAAGAAGGUUCAGCUGUCUCUCCGGACGUUCUUCACGAAGCCAUCUGUGCCUCAAACCGCGUCCCUAAGCACCAGUUGUAGCAUUGACGAUAGCGAGGGUGUCCCGGAAAUACAAGAACCCCCAGAGAGCGCGCCUCUUCUCACCACUUGCCGAAUCGAAGACAACGAGUCCAUUCCUGUGACAAAGGAGGCACCCGAAGAAGACGACAAGCAUGUUAAACGCGUCGAGAAGCCUUCGAUGGGCCUACUCAGCGUGUGCCCGUCGCAUGUGCGCGCUGUCAAGAAGCGACACGUACGGCGUUUUGAAAAGCCCGUUCCGAUCGAUGUCGACGAGGAAACCGUGCCGGAACACCUCAAACGGUUUAUUUGCGUGCGCCACUUUGAGCCCAGGGUGACGAUCAAACGGACUAGUCCAAGGGAGGUCGAUGCCGAAUCCGUUGAGGCACUCGUGUCGCACCUCUGCGGCGCGCACGGGGUGGCUCGUAAAGACGCCGUCACUCCUGAGGAAGAAUGUGCCAUGAGCGGCGAGGGUCUCCUGUGGCCUAAUCCGCUGCUGCAGAACCUCAGGGCUUCCACCGGCAAUUUAAGCAACCCUCGUCUGCGUGACCUCUGGCAAUCCAGCUCGAGUCACGGCAUUUCUUGGGACGCUUUGGACAAGCUGUACAUGAGCUUUCGCGAGGCACGCGACUCCAGCAUUGCCGAGUGGGAUAAGCACGCGCCGGAAGUAGCGGACUUCGCAAGCAAGGUUGCACGAGACAAGAUCACGCGAUGGUGCAAGGAUAGCAACGCGUGCCCCCCUCGCCUUCUACGGAUGUGGACACACCUGCUUUACACGAGAUGGCGUGAGCGCUACCUUCACAUUUACAGCACUCGCAUGCUUUCACGUUUUUUGAAGGGCGAGAUCACCGAUCGUGUACUGAUGCGGGAGUUAAACGAGUGCACGGGCUCUGAUACACACUGCUCAGAGUUACCGUUUACCACCAAGGCGUCGGAGCACAACCCUCACUUCGUGCACCGCGUCGCUAAGGGCGUGUCGAGCGACUAG